UCUGGGUUUGAUUUUAAUGGGGAGUAGCCUACCUCGGGCUCGCUUUACAUAUGGAUGCACUGGACAGUUUUCAGUUGGUUUGAGCUUCGGGUGCGGACGGGUCCAGCGGUCCGACUCUCCUCCUUUACCCUCUCAGUUAUCACCAUCUCGCCGCUGUUCCAGUGCAGCAUUUCGAGGAGGCAGAAAGACGAGACACUUUUCGCGUUUGGAGCGGACAGUUCCUGCCUGAGGGGAAUUGGUGUGGAUCUCUCUCGGGAGACUUCUUUAGGAAAAAUAGAGACAACGACAGUGACGAGUUGACACGUGGAAAGGCUCAGGCCAGCCUGAAGUGAAGGGUCACUGAGCUCAGACACUUUCCCUCCACUGAUUCACAAGUGUACACAUAUAGGGAGAAGUCAAAGAGAAAGCCACACAACGACGCAUUUACACUGAAUUUAACCACACAGACUUUUUGGACGGACACUUCUUCUUUGCAUAAGUGUAGACGCACAUCAAAACACUGGCCCUUUGAGCAGGAUGAGGGAACCUUGGAGGUGCCUGCUGGGUCUGUGCCUCCUGGCCUUCUCAGCCUCCACCCACAGUGCCACCAAUCCCUUUGCGGGACAGCAGACCCCUCCGGACCCAUGCUACGACGACACGGGGGCGGCGCGCCGCUGCAUCCCCGAAUUCAUCAACGCUGCCUUCGGCAAGGAGGUGACGGUGUCCAGCGUCUGCGGCCGGCCUCCGUCCCGGUCCUGCAGCGUGGUGGAGCGAGGCGACGAGCGGCCCUCUGUGCGCACCUGCCAGAUCUGCGACGCGGCCGACCCUCGCCGCGCGCACCCUGCUUCCUACCUCACCGACCUCAACUCGGCCCACAACCUCACCUGCUGGCAGUCGGAGAAUCUCAACACCUCGCCGCACAACGUGACUCUCACCCUUUCGCUGGGGAAAAAGUUUGAAAUCACCUACGUGAGCCUGCAGUUCUGCUCCCCGCGGCCCGAGUCUCUGGCCAUAUACAAAAGCAUGGACUACGGCAAAACCUGGAUGCCCUACCAGUUCUACUCUUCGCAGUGCCGGCGAAUGUACAAUCGCCCCAACAAAGCAACCAUUACCAAGCAGAACGAGCAGGAGGCUCUCUGCACAGAUGGCCACACUGACCUCUACGUGCUCUCCGGAGGACUCAUCGCUUUUAGCACUCUGGACGGGCGGCCUUCCGGUAAAGACUUUGACAACAGCCCCGUCCUCCAGGACUGGGUCACCGUCACCGAUAUCCGCGUGGUCUUCAGCCGGCCUCAGCUGCCCCGGGAGCUCGGACUCCCCGCCGGGAGCAACAGCGGAGGGAGGGACGACGACCCGAUGGCGGUUACCUCGACGCUGCCAACUUAUUUCUAUGCAGUGGGAGACUUCCAGGUGGGCGGGAGGUGCAAAUGCAAUGGUCAUGCCUCACGCUGCCUGAAAGACAAGGAAGGGAAACUGGUGUGUGACUGCAAACACAACACAGAAGGGCCUGAAUGUGACCGCUGCAAGCCCUUUCACUACGACAGACCGUGGCAGAGGGCCAAUGCUCGGGAGGCCAAUGAGUGUCUGCCGUGCAACUGCAACCUCCACGCCCGCCGCUGCCGCUUCAACAUGGAGCUGUACAAGCUGUCGGGGCGGAAGAGCGGCGGGGUCUGCAUGAACUGCCGCCACAACACGGCGGGACGCCACUGCCACUACUGCAAGGAGGGCUUCUACCGAGACAUGGCCCGGCCGAUCACCCACCGACGGGCCUGCAAAGCCUGUGACUGCCACCCUGUGGGCGCAGCCGGCAAGACUUGCAACCAGACCACCGGACAGUGUCCCUGCAAGGACGGCGUCACCGGCAUCACCUGCAACCGCUGCGCCAAAGGCUACCAGCAGAGCCGCUCCCCGGUGGCCCCCUGCAUCAAAAUCCCUGUGGUCAACCCCACAGCGGUGGUGAGCAGCACGGAGGAACCAGCAGACUGUGAAUCGUACUGUAAGCCAGUGAAGGGCAACUUGAAGAUCAACAUGAAGAAAUACUGCAAGAAGGAUUAUGCGGUCCAAGUGAACGUGCUGGACAUGGAGACGGUGGGGGACUGGGCCAAGUUCUCCGUCAGCGUGGUGUCGGUGUACAAGAGCCGCGGCGAGCCGCUGAAGAGAGGCGACAACAUCCUGUGGGUGCACAUGAAGGACCUGGCGUGCAAGUGUCCCAAGAUCCAGAUGAGCAAACGCUUCCUGGUGAUGGGCGGCAGCGAAGGCGGGACGGGCCCGGGGGCGGGGCCGGGGGCCGGGCCCGCCGCCGCCGCCGCCAGUCCGGGCGCCGAGCGGGUCGGCCUGGUGGCCGAUAAGAACAGCCUGGUGAUCCAGUGGAGGGACGUUUGGACGAGACGUCUGAGGAAGUUCCAGCGCAAAGAGAAGAAGGGGAAGUGCGGCAAAGCAUGAUGGGAAAGCAGCGUCCAGCCCUACCUCUCCCUCCAUCGCACACCUUCAUGAACCCUGACUGUUGACUCCUCCUCUCCCUGAGCCUCUUUUCCCCGUCCAUCGUGGGAACACUGCACAUUUCAAAGACUGCAUGUACCCGACCUGUUCCAUGGACCACGUUGUUUGUGUAUAUUGUAUAAUUAUUUUACUUUUUAUUUCUGAAGUUUUUGACUUUGUGAUGCCACUUGUCUUUUAUGUGUCUAACUGGUUUGCCUUAAAAAGGGACCAUUAAAAAGGGUUUGAAGUGUAGACGGAAGCAGGCGCCACUCCCUCACUCCACGACGACAGCGGAAAUGUCCACUCCUCCCGCGGCUGCGACUCCCGUCUUCCUGCAUCUUUCUGUCGAAACUGUCUUUGUUUCAACACUCCAAUAUAAGACCGCCGCCGCUCACAUUUCACCCGUCUGUGAGGAUUUUAUUUCCCAGCGUUUGUCGCUUCGGAGACUGACUCAAGCAACAAUCCGAGCUGCACACCUUCAGCCCGGCUGCCUCACGUUUUCACUCCGGAAACACGCCGGACCACCUGAUAACCGUCUCAAAACCUCGUGUUCCGUGAGGAACCAAGGGCUCCCUUCUGCAGGGGACGUUUUCCACAGCAGACCUCAGCUACGCGCCCACCGACGCUGCUGCUGCCGCCAUCAGACAGCUCGCACGCGGCAAACCGCCCAUAUCCACACCUGUGUGACGCCACUGCUCAUAUGUGGUUCCUCCUUAUCUCAUCCAUCCCAGCCGUAUAAUUCUUUGCGAUAUAGCCUUUUGUUUCACGUUAAGCAGAACAAACUCCAUCGGCAUGCGUGAGUCAGAUUCCAGGCCUCCGGCGCUGUGCCUCCUCACCACUCGCUCCUCUCUCAAGCCGUUUAUAAAGUCGUGCAUCACCGCCGUGACUCAUCGCCUGUCACUUUUUCCGGAAGACACAUUCACCAGUGUGGACAAACGGCUGGAAUUCCAGAACAAUCCCAGUGCUUCCAGGGGAGAAUCUUUUGCUUUAUGGAUAAUCUCUGGUCUCACAGAUGUCGCUGUGUGGCCAGUGUCAUUUCUUUGUUUUCAAAUGUCUCAACAUUUGUCUGAAGACUGGCAAGCUUUUGUUUGCCGAAAUAAGAGAUUGAAACAAGAGUUUCCUUUUCAUGCAGUAAAAAGAAAAAAGAAAAAAAAAAACAAGUCGGAUAAACAACAUAACUGUUUUUUUUUUUUGUUUUGUUUUGUUUUGUAGUAUAUUUUGACAAAAUGAAUGAGGCUGGAAAGAUUUUAGUGCUCACUGAUUGUAUUAUGACAUGAAAGGAUCAUAUUUCAUUCCUCAUGUGCUUUGUUAUGUUUGCAUGUUUGUGGUUUUUUGCUGGUCCAUCAAAACCUUACAGUGAGCAGGCAGAGAACUAAACCAAUAUGAGCAUCGAGACCCAAAGGAAAACUUCCCAAGUCAUCUCCCGCCCUGAAACACAGCCCUGUCAUCCUCUGCCAAAUAAGCAUAGUCGGCUUUUGAAUUCAAUUAAGAGACUAUGAGAGUCAGGACCAACAGAAACCACAGAGAGACCCGUCUGGUCGCUCUCAGGCUUUUUAUCUGCCGUUUGCUGUUAUUUCAUUUUGUAAAGGACGUUACAAUUUAUUUAAAUAGAGUAUAAGAUAAACAUUGUUCGGAGGGGCGCAGUCGAGCCGGUGGCGGCGAGUGUGCCUACAGGCGUCUCAUGCUCGCUCGUGGUCACGCUCCUUCGGUUGCGGCGGUGUGUUUGGUUUUGUCGUUCCUCCAAAAGUGUCUCUCCUCUUCUCUCUCGUCUCCGCCACCCUCCCCGAUCCCUCUUUUUUUUUUUUUUUUUUUUUUUUUUGCAUGUCGUGUAUGUAGUGUCUUAGAUAACAGACCGGAGCUGCCAGUCUGCUCUGUGGCGUUUAGUUCUGCACUGUAGUUCUUUUAUUUCCUCUGAGAAUGUAAAUCAAACUGCGAAGAACACAGUCACAAAGGUGUGCAGACGCCCUGAUUGUGCUGAAGAAAUAAUGUUCUCCGAUUUAAGAAUGUGGAAGGCGCGAUAGCUGGACGCUAUCCGAAAACUCUGAAACGCAAUUAUCUGUUAAAAUAGUUGCGGGUCUUCAUUAUCUGUUUCAUACUGACAAUUUUUUUUUUUUUUUUAUAAUCAAAUCCAAAAAAAUGAAGAAAAAAAAUCGACUCGGAACCAAAAUGAGUUUCACACACUGUGAUCUUUGGUGAGUGACAAAGGAAAGCAAAGAGGAAAAAGAUGAAGCGCUGAAGUUUAUGGUAGCUCUGUGUCCGGGGCGCAGUUUCCACUGAUGGAAUUUCACAAAAAUGCAGAACCAAACAGUCAAUUCUUUUCGUGUUGGCUGUGCGCGGCGGCCUGUCGUAGACAGGUGGUGUUACAGUAGCGCCCGUCUCCUCGCCCUGGUAUGCGAGCGUGGCGUGACGCGUUACGAUCGACGGUCCAACUCUGUGCCUGUGAGGCUGGCGUGGCGCUCCACUGCCGCUCCCUCUCCUUCAGUUCCUCUUCCCUGAAGCGCCCACCCUGACUGUUGGAAUAAAGAUAAGAGGUUAAGAUCAGCCAGGUUUUGUUCGGGGGGGUGGAAGUUGUGCGCUUGUGAAAGCAAUUUAGUGAGCCUCAUAGGGAGAGCGGCCCUGUUGUUUUAUGUUAACAAGCCCGGCAGCUUGGCAGUGGAACUGAGGCCGUUUAACUGCUUUACUUCAUCCCCCCCUCCUCUCUCCUCGCAGCAUUUAUAGCAUUCACAGGUGUGUGAGUUUGUGUGUUUAAUUAACCCUCCCAAGCAAACAAGUGACACACACACACAAACUAAGAGUGCAGGGAGGUGACUGACCUCCUCCUCCAAGGGUUCUCAGUUUUACAGCUGCCAUGAAGAGUUACACAGAUUUUUUUUUUUUUUUCUUUUUCACGUAUUUGGUUUGUUUAAUGAGUCGAUGCGUUUUCAAUGUUGUAAAUAUGUACUGAACAGCCUCUGGCGUCUAUGUUGUUUCUUUGUAAAGCAUCACUUGGCCUGGGAUGACUCACAUGUAUGGAUGUACAAACCAGAUGAUUAUGGAUGUUAUAUGGAUGUAGAAACCAGGAACAUAUGCUUUCGUGAUCACAACCAGAAGAUGUGGUUCAGAUGUUACACAGAAUGUAUUCCUUUAUGUUUUUACGUCCCUUUUCAGACAACAUGCCGCCCAAUUCCGAACGAAUCAAUUAAAAAUGUGACUGAUCUGGUCCUCGGUUCGUUCCAGAGGGAACCAGACGCAACAUCCCACCAUGCUCUGCAACAAUAACGUCCUGGAAAGUAUAUUUCACUCACUCAAAGCUGUCCACCUCCCUUGGUCCAGCCCUGCUUUUCGCUUCUAUUAUAUCAAAGUCUUCCUUGUACAUUUUUCCUCUGAGGCAAUGAACCACUGACUUUUUAAUCUAAAUGGUAAAAAAAAAAUAAAUUAUUAGUUAA